AUGGAGCCUCGAAUCGAUGAGGAGCUAGAGAUCAUGUGCCCUGGUCCAGAAAACCCUUCAUUGCUAACGCAACAACCAAAUCAUCGAUCAGAGGACAUUUGGAAUGGCGAGGACCCAGGCCCACUUACGUGCUGUGGUCGCUCUAAAGAGAUGGCAAACAUAACGAUGCAAGAUAAUCGGGUGCUGGAGACUCAUACAUUUCAUCUUCCACAUGGUGAGAUGUUGAUCACCCUAGAAGAUGUGGAGGUCAUUUUGGGACUUCCUAUAGACGAUGAGGUCUUGGUUGGGCCGACUGUUGUGGAGGAUGGGGAUUGGAGGCAACUGUGCAUGGAGUUGCUUGGUUUUGGAGUUCCGACGAAUGACAACAAAACUUUGGUGGGGCAAAGAAUUUUCAUCAACCGCCUUGUUAAGCGCAUUGCAGAGCCACUGCCUCAUGAUGCAACGAAGAUUCAGAUACAUCAGUAUGCCCGAUGCUAUAUUUUAGUGCUACUAGGGGAUAAGAUUUUCAUGGACAAGUCAGGAGAUAGGGUGCAUUUGAUGUUCUUGGAGUUCCUGUGGAACCUUCGUGAUCCGCCACAAUAUAGUUGGGGUAAUGGUUACCUGGUAUGGUUGUACAGAGAGUUGUGCCGGGCAAGCCAUAAAGAGGCAUCACAGAUUGGUGGGGCGUUGCAAUUGGUCCAGUAUUGGGCAUGGGCGAGGUUGCCAUUCUUGUGCCCGAGGAUAGAGCCCCCACCUGAAUGUGAUUAUGGCCCAUGGCCAAAAGCUCCACUUGCAUUUAAGUGGGUGCAGAUUAUAUGGCAGCCAUAUGAGGCAAACUUAGGCCACCUUCCUGCCUUCUGCGUUGCAGGGAAGGAUACGUGGACAGCAAGGGUGCCACUUAUUGAAAGCCAUUUAGCGCUGUUGGAGAUGCUUCCUAUGGGCAACCACUUUGACCCUGUGGGAUCCCUCCACAAUGACUGUGACUUAGGAACCGUAAAUGCAUGUGAGUAA